ACAAGAAAACCAAAGACUGUGAGGGUCUGGAAUAUUUUUACUAUGGGGAAUGGCCGGAUGAGCGCACCAGAGCUAGACGGAGCCCUGCAGUUCUGCCAGGCCGGUGCUUCGGGUUCACUAGUGGGAACCUGGGAGCAGCAGCUUCUUUCCCUCAGGACAGCAAGGGAUCUCACAGUGCUCCCGAGAGUCGGCGAGCGAAUGGGAAAGCCUUGCCGGGAGUAGACAGCUGUUCCAGCAGCACUGAGAUCGCCGUGCAGGGACGCCGGGACUCCGCCUCACUGAACCGGAGCGUGCAGCCGGCCUUUCAGUUUAAACAGCCAGGACGAGGGCUUGAUCGGUAAAGGAACUACUUGGAAGGGAGUGUCCCACCGGAAAGCCUGUACUGACGCAGGCACGCUCCGGAACGGGAGGGCGCAGGGGAGGGGCUUCGCCUCACCGUUUCGCUGGGUUCCCAGAGCAAAUAUUUGACAUUCCUGGCUUAUCGUGGGGGCGGGGUCCAGGAGGCUGGCCAGGGGUGGGCUGUCGGGAGAGGGGUUGCGCGCAGCCGCCGCUUUCCACUCUAGCCGGUCUCCGUGUUCCUCUGCUACCGUGUGGGGAAACCUGGGAGGCGCACUGUCCACUCGGGGUUCUCGGGCUCGCACUCCCCUCCUCGGGCGUGAGUUGGGGACGCACCCGGAUUCUGGUCUGAUGUGUAGUAGCGCCCCGCUUCUCCUAACACAAGGUUCUGGCACCCUGUAUCUCUAUAGCCUCCCGCCAGAUUACUAAUUACAGUUAAGUAGACGGAAAACUAUCUGGAGUGCCCAGGUCGGCCUGGAAACAAAAACUGCGUGUGGUGCAUGGGACUAGUCUGAGCUGGGCCGGGAGGCAGCAGACUCUGCAGCCUGCACGCGCGGGGUACACAGCGCAGCGCUGGUACCUGCCGAGGAAGAAGAAAACAGACAGGCAAAUCCCAGGAAGGGCUGGCGGGCUGGCUCCCCGGGGUCUGAGGGGAGAGCCUCCCAGCCUGGCACCAAGGCCUGGGCUCCGGCGUCCACACUGACGGGCCCUUCGCCGACGCUAACACCUGUACGAGCACGUCCCGCCCUGUGAUCUCCGCGACCGCCCACGGCUCUGCGAGCCCUUGAUCUUCGCCGCCCUCCCUUUCCCCAGCGCGUCUCUCCCACCGGCUUCCAGUGGACACCCGGUAGCGCUCACAGUUGGCUUUUGACCCUUAGGGACCUCCACUAGCCCCAAGCCGGACGUCGCGACCCCCACAGCCCCUAGAUUGCCUCCUGGUGACUUCCAUGGGUCCCGCGUGGCCCUCGCGGAACGGAAAAGGCCUCUGGUCCUGCACAUUCUUUCAUGGUGCCCGCUGGAGAGGAAGUGGGAGAAAGAAUGGGUUUGUCCCGGGAGCCUCGCAGGACCGCACCGGGAGGUGGGACUCCAGCCGCCGAACUCACGCCCCCGCUCGAGUGAGCUCUUGCCUUCUGGGCAGGAUUCUGGCCCUCCCGCGAGGUUCCCGGGGCCACCCCGAUCACGUGGCCCUCGGGGCCGCAGGUAACUCGCCGGAGUGGGCUGGGACCGGCAGCCGCGCCGCCCAGCCCCGAAGGGCACCGCGGGCGGGUCUCUGCAGCUUCCCCUGCACCAGCCCCGCCGCAGGUGCCGCCCCCAACACACCGGAUCCCGCCCAAGCUCGUCUGUCUGCCGUCGGUCGGUGCGUGCGUGCGCCUGGUCGGUCCGCGUGCGUGUGGCCGAGCGCCCCCUUGCUCUGCGGCCAUGACUCCACCGCCGCCCCCGCCGCCCCCGCCCCCGGGCCCUGAUCCCGCCGUAGACUCGGCCACCGACCCCUGCCCCGGACCCCAGUCGCUGGUCGUUUUGUUCGGGGCCACGGCUGGUGCGCUGGGGCCGGACCUGGGCUCGGACGAGACCGACUUAAUCCUCCUUGUUUGGCAAGUGGUGGAGCCCCGUAGCCGACAGGUGGGGACGCUGCACAAGUCGCUGGUUCGCGCCGAGGCGGCUGCCCUGAGCGCACAGUGCCGCGAGGCGAGCGGACUGAGCGCCGACAGCCUAGCGCGGGCGGACUCCCUGGACAAGGUGCUGCAGCAGUUCUCACAGCUGGUGAGCGGGGACGUGGCUCUGCUGGGCGGGGGCCCCUAUGUGCUUUGCACUGAUGGGCAGCAGCUGUUGCGACAGGUUCUGCACCCUGAGGCCUCCAGGAAGAACCUGGCGCUCCCCGACACCUUCUUCUCCUUCUACGACCUCCGCAGAGAGUUCCAUAUGCAGCAUCCAAGCGCCUGCUCCCCCAGAGACCUCACAGUGGGCACCAUGGCACAGGCCUUGGGACUAGAAACAGAUCCUACAGAAGAUGACUUUGGGGUCUGGGAAGUGAAGACUAUGGUGGCUGUUAUUCUCCACCUGCUUGACGGGCCCAAUGGUCAGUUAUUUUCGAAGCCAGAGGUGGUAAAGCAGAAAUAUGAGACAGGGCCUUGCAGCAAGGCUGAUGUGGUGGACAAUGAGACUGUAGUCCGGGCCCGUGGGUUGCCCUGGCAGUCGUCAGACCAGGAUGUGGCUCGAUUCUUCAAAGGGCUCAACAUUGCCAGGGGUGGUGUGGCGCUCUGUCUCAACGCCCAGGGCCGCAGAAAUGGCGAGGCCCUCAUCCGAUUCGUGGACAGCGAGCAGCGGGACCUAGCGCUGCAGAGACACAAGCACCACAUGGGUGCCCGAUAUAUUGAGGUAUAUAAAGCCACAGGGGAGGAGUUUGUAAAGAUCGCAGGGGGCACAUCCCUAGAGGUGGCCCGUUUCCUAUCACGGGAAGAUCAAGUGAUCCUGAGGCUACGGGGACUGCCCUUUUCAGCUGGGCCAACAGAUGUUCUAAGCUUCCUGGGGCCAGAAUGCCCAGUGACUGGGGGUGCUGAUGGGCUGCUUUUUGUGCGCCACCCUGAUGGCAGACCAACUGGGGAUGCCUUUGCUCUGUUUGCCUGUGAGGAACUGGCACAGGCUGCUCUGCGCAGGCACAAAGGCAUGCUGGGUAAGCGAUACAUCGAACUCUUCAGGAGCACUGCAGCUGAGGUGCAGCAGGUCCUUAACCGCUAUGCAACCAGCCCACUCCUCCCCACAAUGACUGCUCCGCUGCUGCCCAUUCCCUUCCCACUGGCAGGAGGGACUGGGAGGGACUGUGUACGCCUUCGAGGCCUGCCCUACACAGCCACCAUCGAAGACAUUCUGAGUUUUCUAGGAGAGGCAGCAGCUGACAUUCGGCCUCAUGGUGUGCAUAUGGUGCUCAACCAGCAGGGCCGGCCAUCUGGUGAUGCCUUCAUCCAGAUGACGUCAGCAGAGCGUGCUCUGGCUGCUGCUCAGCGUUGCCACAAGAAGGUGAUGAAAGAACGCUACGUGGAAGUAGUCCCUUGUUCCACAGAGGAGAUGAGCCGUGUGCUGAUGGGGGGUUCCCUGAGCCGGAGUGGCUUAUCCCCUCCACCCUGCAAAUUGCCCUGCCUCUCACCGCCCACCUAUGCCACCUUCCAGGCCACCCCUGCCCUUAUUCCCACAGACACGACAGCACUCUACCCCUCUUCUGCACUGCUUCCAGCUGCCAGAGUAUCUGCUGCCCCUGCUCCUCUUGCCUACUACCCAGGGCCAGCCACUCAACUCUACAUGAACUACACGGCCUACUACCCCAGCCCCCCAGUCUCUCCCACUACUGUGGGCUACCUCACAUCUCCCACUGCCUUGGCCUCUACUCCCACCUCAAUGUUGUCACAGCCAGGAGCCCUGGUCCGAAUGCAGGGGGUCCCAUACACGGCCGGUAUGAAGGAUCUGCUCAGUGUCUUUCAAGCCUACCAGCUGGCUCCUGAUGACUACACCACUCUGAUGCCUGUGGGUGAUCCACCGCGCACUGUGUUACAAGCCCCCAAGGAGUGGGUGUGUUUGUAGGAGAGGAAACCAGGAAGUAGACUGAGCUGAUGUCUGCAGCUAACAAGCCUUUCCUGAAUCCAGAGCACUCUCAAUCCAGCGGCUUCUUUCUGGCUUGUCAAAGCUCCCAAAAGCACCUGGAAAAGACCAAGCUCACUGCUCUCCUUCCUCCCAUACGCCCUUGUUUCUCUGCCUGCUUACUCUAAAGAUAAUGGCUACCUUACAGGCAGGGCUGGGGAUGUGAUGGGGCUACUCUAUUCCUGAUGGCGUGACACCCAGAAAGCCUUCGAUCUGUCCUUGACCCUCAAAUACUGGGUUUGAAGGGUGCACAGCAGGCCUGUGUUUUCUUUUUAAAAUAUUAAGGCCUGGGUACCUUUAAUAUUUAUGAUUCCUGGGAGAAUCAAGAGUCCGAGUGAGUCUGAAUAAAGACCCUAUCUCCCUAUCCUUUCAGGAGGCAGGAAGGCAGCACUCACCUUCAGGAUACCUGGACCUCAGAAAAAAAGUGCCAGGGGUGUCCUCACAAUGAAUAUGCUAACCUGCUCCAGCCAGGCCCAAGGAUCUUGGGAUGAUAAAACCACCAGCUGGAUGGGGUGUAACCCCAUCACUCAGGAGCCAGAGGCAGGACUGCCUUAAGUACAAAUCUAGUAUAUUCUAGUCUAGCCAAGGCUUUAUAGCCCCCUACCACAAACAACAAAACCCCCCAGCUAUUCUAGACUGUGUUGCUGCAAUAUCCCCAGAGGGCAAGAAGCACAUGCAAACUCAGGUUAAAGGGGACUUUGUCAACUUUUUCUUGCAACACCUUGGAAGACAAGUUGUCCCGAAGCCAGCAAAUGCCAUGGCAUGUCCUUUGCAGCGAUUAAAGGGUGCAGAACUCAAGUCUCAGAAGGAAUUUUGAGCUCUACCUUCUCUGUAAAGUGUUAUUGGUCAAGAGGACUUUUAAAAAGCCACAGAGCCCUUAGCUUUGGCCCAGAGGGCUCCACACCAGCCCCAGGUGGAGAAAAAGUAAAACUUCAAGGAGACUGUUCACUGUUUAUUAUUUCAGCACUGUAACUGAGGAGGAGCCUGAACUGCUGGCUCGUCUUCCCUUUGUGUUUGUAUAAGGAGCACUGCACUCCUAGAAAAGGUUUUAAAAUACAAAAUGUACAAGAAAACACAAUCCCUAGUGCUGUAAACAUAACCGAGAACCAAUUUCUUCACCCAAACAUCCAUUCUGUAAAACACAGGGUUUCAACUUGAGCCCAUCUGAGCCUGUAAAGCAACUCUGUGUUCUGCAUAUUAGAAACUGGGCUUCUCAGCAAGGCCCAGCGCCGAUCUGGUGAUACUGCUGGCCCUGGGUGGUGGGGUGGGUUGUACCCAAGGCAGCAGCACCAUAUGUGAACCCAAACAUCUCUGUAAUGUCUUCAGCCAUGUUUCUCUGCAUCUCUAAUAAACAGAAGGCUGCCCCUCCA